GGAGGCGGGCAGAGAGAGAGAGAGAGAGAGAGAGAGAGAGAGAGAGACGGAGGGAGGGAAAGCGAGAGAGGGAGAAGGGAGGCCUAAGCGGGUGCAACACUUGGCUCGCUCGCCUUUCUGGUCACUCUUCCGAACGCGAACCUGUUGAGCGCACGUCCUCACCUUGGGCUUUGUCAUCUUUAAGCUACAGAGAAAAAAGAAAAGGCCAACAUUUCCGGCCCACUUGAGGAUCUCCCCCCUCCGACUUCUCCAUGUUGGACGUAUCCGGUCCUGUGCGUCUCACCUGGGACGGGCCGCGCGUUAAUCGCCUCUGUCUGUGUGCGCAGGUGAGACCGUUGUGGAUUUAACCCGAGAAAAGGCAGGAUUUCCGCGCGCAUGAACACUUAGAAAAAAGAAAAAGAAGAACAAUAAAGCGAUAAAGAGGGAACGAUGGAAGUAAGCGCGGAGCAGCCCCGCUGGAUGUCGCACCACCCGGCCGUGCUGAACGAGCAGCAUCCCGGCUCGCACCACCCGGGCCUCGGCCACUCCUACAUGGAGCCCGCGCAGUACCCGCUGGCCGAAGAUGUGGAUGUACUAUUUAAUAUCGACGCCCAGGGCAACCACGUCUCGCCCUACUACGGCAACUCUGUGCGGGCCGUGCAGAGGUACCCGCCGCCCCCGCACAGCAGCCAAGUGUGCCGGCCGUCGCUGCUGCACGGCUCGCUGCCGUGGCUGGAGGCGGCGGGCGGCAAAGGCAUCGGCGCGCACCACGGCGCUUCCCCGUGGAACCUCAGCCCCUUCCCCAAGAACCCCCUCCACCACCACGGCUCCCCGGCCGGCCUGUCCGUCUACCCCCCGGCGUCGUCUUCGUCCUCGUCGUCGUCGUCGCUGUCCGGGGGCCACUCCAGCCCGCACUUGUUCACCUUUCCGCCCACCCCGCCCAAGGACGUGUCGCCGGACCCGGGCCUGUCCACGCCGGGUUCCGGGGGAGGCGGCGGGGGACGGCCCGAGGACAAGGAGUGCGUCAAGUACCAGGUGACGCUGGCCGACAGCAUGAAACUGGAGACUGCUCACGGCCGCGGGGUGGCGGCGGCGCUCGGACCCGGCCCCCCCGGCUCCUCGGCGGCGGCGGCGGCGGCCCACCACCCCAUCGCCACAUACCCACCCUAUGUCCCCGAAUACGGGCCAGGCCUCUUCCCACCAAGUAGCCUGAUAGGUGGGUCCUCUUCUACUUAUGGUUCCAAAACAAGACCAAAAACAAGGUCGUGUUCAGAGGGCAGAGAGUGCGUCAACUGCGGCGCCACGUCGACCCCGCUGUGGCGGCGGGACGGCACGGGUCACUAUCUGUGUAACGCCUGCGGCCUGUACCACAAGAUGAACGGGCAGAACAGGCCCCUGAUCAAGCCCAAGCGGCGGCUGUCGGCGGCCAGGCGCGCGGGUACGUCGUGCGCCAACUGCCAGACCACCACCACUACGCUAUGGAGGCGAAACGCCAACGGCGACCCCGUCUGCAACGCCUGCGGACUCUACUUUAAGCUGCACAAUAUCAACCGACCUCUGACCAUGAAGAAGGAAGGCAUCCAGACGCGCAACCGCAAGAUGUCCAGCAAGUCCAAGAAGAGCAAAAAGUCCCUGCAGGACGGCGGCAUGGACGACUUCUCCAAGAGCCUGAUGGACAAGAGCAGCUCCUUCAGCCCGGCCGCCCUCUCCCGCCACAUGUCCUCCUUCCCGCCCUUCUCGCACUCCGGCCACAUGCUCGGCACCCCCACGCCCAUGCACCCCUCCUUCGCGCCCCACCACCCGUCCAGCAUGGUGACGGCCAUGGGCUAGACGCCGCUCGACCCUCGCAUCGGUCUGGACGCAAAAGUCCAACGGCGCCGCUCCAUCGAUCUGAGGCUUCUUCGCUUUGAAAUUAGUAGCGAAGCGUGCGUGACGUUUUUCAACCCACGGUUGGAACCUUAGAGUUUAGGCUCUAGUCUCGAUUAGUUCGAAAGACAAAGAUCUAUUUGGUUCUAGUCCCUUUCCUGAAACCGGGAUCUCAAUCUUUGUAAAAGUUGAACUCUAGCGGACGUCCGAGCCAUUUCAAGUGGGAGGGCGGCGGCCAUCCCUCCCGCUUCAAACGGAUCGGACGUCUAGAGCCGACGAGUUCGGGCUUUCCAACCGGUCGUAGUCGACCGUUUGUCGUUCAAUUGGCUCGCGAGUGCCACUUUUGUCAGGGCCAGCUUCUCUGUCCACAGUUUGGCUGCCCUCAAGGCGACAUCUGCAAAUUCCAAAGCGAAGAAGCCUUUCGGCUCAAGUUGAGACGUCUCCGACGAGAAUCCGACGCGCUCUUUGCGGACUACCUUGAUGACUGAGAACUAUCUUCAGUUGAUCUUAUUUUUAUAAAAUCAAAAAGGGGGAACUGACUCAAACUGCACGGACAUUUGAUUCCUCCCGGGAUAAGGAUCUUCAUUUGUGUACAAAAAACCCCAUCCGAAAAGCUCACCAAAACCUCCCGGUCUCGCACCUGUGUAACAGGACGUUUGUACAAAUUGUAUGAAAUACAUUUAACGGAAAAAAAAGGACACUUGAAGAAGGGUACGAGGACCCCGGGACGCAGGCCGCAAGUCCGUGUAAAGAUGACGUGAACGAACGCCUUUGCUUUUAUUUUUGGAUGUGCUUUAAGUCUCGGCCUGUUGGUUUGUGUUGACACAUACAAAAACACGCGCACACGCACGCAUACACACACUUGACAGAUGAUGAUAUGCAUUGUGAAAAAAAAGUUCCUGUAUUUGUUAUUUGUAUGUAAAAAAAAAAUCAGAGUACCAAAAAUACGAAAGAAACAAAGAUGUAGAAUUAUUUCUUUAUGUUAUGCAGACUGAAUGGUUGUAAAAAUGGAAUAAUAAUAAUCACUAGUGUAAAACAUGGCUGCUUUUUUUUUUGUUUUUGUUUGGUAGACCCUCCCACCCUGACUACCCCCCCCCCCCUGUUUCAAAAUAAUAAAACUAGUUUAAUCUCUGUUGACAUGUUA